AUGCGCAACUUCAACGAGUCCAUCCAUUCAUUCAAAUUUCUCGCCCAACGCAAUUCAAUACAACAAUCACACUCCUCAUCACCACAAUCACAACCGAAGCAGGGCUUCGAAACUGUUUUGAUAGGCCCUUUGAUCGAGCUUCCGGAAGCACUGGAAGGUAAAGUCCAGUUAAACGGAUUCGAGGCAGCGGAGAUCAUCUUGACUUGA